AUGGAGUGCGACGUCGCGCUAAAGAAGAGUUUCAAGCAGAGGUCCUGGGGGCACGCCUUCGUGACCGUGUUUCGCAGCGACGCCCCUGGGUUCCGCGAGAAGGUUGACGGUCUCAAGUUUCAGGACUGCCCGGUCUCGGUGUCCGACAGUUUGUGGCCUAAGGGCGGCGGCAAGAGAAAGGCUGGCGGGGACGCGACUCACGAGGACGCAAAGCGGCCAAAAGUCGCGGGCCCUGAGGGCGGACGGGUACCUCUGCUGAAGGAGCUGAGGGACCGGGCCAAGCAGCACAAGCGCUCCAGCGAGGGCGCUUCCAUCGUUCAGAAGGCGGAGCCCCUCGUAGAGUACCCCUACGAGACGCAGCUCGCCAUGAAGAACACCUUCGUGAAGACGUCGGUGCGCACGUUCACCAAGCUGGCGGCCAAGCGCUGCGAGGAGGUGGGCCGAGACCCCGCGGUGUGGCUCGGGCGCGACUGGUCCCUCGCCCUCAAGGCGCCCAGCGGCUGCUGCUGCCCCGUGGAGCCGCCGGUCGGAGCGCCGCCGGAGAGCAUCGCGGGCUGGCGGAACAAGUGCGAGUUCACCAUUCGGGCCGGACCGAGGCAGACAAGGUAG